GACGAUGUGUAUGCCCUGCUCUAACUGAAGGUGAGAGAUGUGAACGCUGUAAACAAGGAACCUGGAACUAUCAUCCAAAUAAGGGGUGCACCCGUUGCAAAUGUCACCAGGAAGGCUCAGUGUAUGGGCAAUGUGAUCAGAUUACUGGCAAAUGCAGAUGUUUGGAAGGAUUUGAAGGAGAUAACUGUGACCGGUGUGCUGCAGGGUUCUAUAGGUUCCCCAACUGUCGAGCUUGUAACUGUAUUGUUCCUGGUACUGACCCUGAAGUUUGUAGUUCCGGUGUGUGCCAAUGUGAUGAGAGUGGGGUGUGUCCCUGUAAAUCAACGGUUGUUGGAAAAAAAUGUGCAUCUUGUGCACCGGGCUUUUUUGGACUAUCUGCCUUGAACCCUGAAGGGUGUACGCAAUGUUUCUGCUUUGGUAGAAGUUCACAGUGUACACAAGCUCAAUACUCUUGGACACAGCUUGUUAUGCCUCGACGUCGACAUCUCCGAAUCAGCCGGGGUGAGAGUGAUCUAGAUGUAGAGGAUGGUCUACUGGUGGUGCCAGGGGACGAUAAAGAUGUCGUCGUUGGUGUUAAUCAUCUUUUCAAGGUUCCCCUCUACUGGUAA